UAAUAUUAUGUUUUUAGAACGGAACGGUCGUGCGCGUGCGCGCGUACCUAUACGCGGCGGCGGCGGCGGCGAGUAAACGCGCACGCGACGACGAGGGGACCCCACGCGGGUUGACACCCAUUCGGCCGCCGACAGCCAAUGGUUCGCCGCGGCCUUUUGGCGCGAGGGGUUCUGCGAGAGGUGCCCCUGCGAAAAAGAAAAAAACAAAAACACCGACUACGAAAAGGACGAAAAAGAAUAUGGCCGUUUGCCGCGAAUAAUUAUCGCGGCGGAAUAUAUGUCGUGUGUGUAUUGUAAUAUAUUAUUAUACCGACCGCCGGCCGUACGCGUUUAGUGCUGUUAUUACCAUUAUUAUCAACAUCAUCAUAAUAUCAUCGUCACCACCGCCGUCGAAGUCUCCGUUAUUAUCAUUAUUAUUAUCUGCUACAUCCGUCGUCGUCGUGUGUGCGCGACUCGACGGCGGUCGGCGACAAUAAUUUUCAAUAUAAUAUAAUAUACCUAAUAAUAGUGGUUUUCUAUUCGGACGUCCGAAUAUUGUCGUCGUCUGUUUCACGGAGAAAAAAAAAAUUACGUUUCGUUACGAUAAAAUACGACAAAGUGUGAUCGUCGCGCGAACGCCGACCGACGUUUGAAGAUUUUGCGACAGUCGGAAAACGGUACAGUAGCCGCUGACCGCCGCCGACCGUCGAGGCACACGGACUCGCGCGUUCGUCGCUGAUCGCCGUACGACUUUUUUUUAAUAAUACUGCAACGAUAUUAUAUUUUAUCUAAAUCUACCACCGAUCGAUCGCGUAUUUAUGGAUAUCUCGUCAUCGUUACGCGCUUUUUGCCGACGACGGGCACCGUCGACGUGUAAGUAAAGCGAGUGAGAUCGAUAACGUAUAUUAUAUAGUAUUGUAGUUAUUUAAAAUACGCGUAGUUUUAUUCGCGGAUCUGAACUCUUUCGCCGGCGGAUCAUCGUCUCUACGAUGUACUCUACGCAUUACAACGGAUUCACGUUUCAAGGCCAAGGGCGUGUGAACCAGCUCGGUGGUACGUUCAUCAACGGGCGACCACUGCCUAAUGUGGUUCGGUUAAAAAUCGUCGAAAUGGCAGCGGCCGGCGUGCGGCCAAGCAACAUAUCUAGACAGCUCAAAGUGUCGCACGGAUGCGUGUCCAAGAUACUCAACAGAUACCAAGAGACAGGCAGCAUCCGACCAGGCAUAGUGAACAGCGAUCACGUCCAAAAGAACUGUCCAAAACGGAUUUCGUAUUGUCCGGAGGAAGUCUGCAGAGAUACAACAAUCAGAUCAGAUCGUCACAGUAAUUACUCAAUUGAUGGAAUACUGUCAGGAAGAACCGGUGAUGUGGACGUACCGUCGGAACCGGGCAUCGUCAUAUCUAGAAAGCAGAGAAGAGGAAGGACAGCGUUCACGGCCCAACAACUGGAAGGUUUGGAAAGAUCGUUUUUGGCUUGCCAGUAUCCGGACAUAGCGGCCCGCGAAACUCUCGCUGUGAAAUUCGGACUUCCGGAACCUCGAGUCCAAGUGUGGUUCAGCAAUCGAAGAGCGAGAUGGAGAAAACAGAAUAGUUCUAACGUACAGCACAACAUAAUCAGCAGCAAUUUUUCUGAGAACCUAAACACACCUUCAUACACUGGCACAGCUGAUUGGAGACUUCAACCUGCUGCUCAGUACAACGGUUACUACGACGGGUCAGCGUGGGAUGAAUACCAGCAAACCGCACGGACCAACGCGGCUCACCAAUACGGAGACAUAUUCAACCCGUCCGCCGCUGUGGCUUACGGCGCGCACAACGAAUUUGCGGCUAACCCGAGCAAACUACGUCUGCCGCCGACUCUGCCACCGCAUCAUCCGCCGACGACACAGCCACCGACCGGCACCGCCGCCGCCACAACUUCCGCAGCUUCCGUGGGAUACCAUCAGCCGCCGACCGCGGCGGUCAAUCGCUGGACCGAAUUCGGCAAACCCGCCGUGGCCUCCACGCCCACGCUCGACUUCCCGGUGCCGUCUUAUUUCAACAACAGUUUAUUAUGAUGUUUUUACAAUUUUUUUUUUUUUUUAGAAGUCAACGGUGUAAUAUUUUACGUUACGACGUAUAUAAUAUCAUGAUAAUAUAUAAUAGGUAUAUCGCAGCCGUGUAAAGCGAUCGACGUUAGGUACGUUAACCGCUUGAGGCGUUUAUUAGGUUUCCGAAAACUCACGCGUCUCGCGUGUAAUAUUAUUGUUUUUUAUUAAUUAUAAAUUAUGGCCAGUAUUAAUCGAGAAAGGUCGACCAGAUUUUUCCCGAUACACGCUCAUAUUAUAAAUUCUGAUUUUUUGAGUGAACCCAAUAAAUUAUACCACUUCAAAAUUGCCUAGAUUUUAGAUACCAUUUAGGCGCUGUCGUGUGAUGAUACCAAUUGAAACCAUAGUUUUUCACUACAAGUCCUGUAAUUAAUUAUUGAAAUGGUGAAGAUUCGUUUGAGAAUGUCAUCGAUGGUCCUAUAAUAAAUUACAAAUUCUUAAAAUAAAGGUUUUAAAUAAUUUAACUUUGUGUUCGUACAAUGUUGUCUAUGGUAAUAUAUUUGGAAGAUAAAUCUAAUCUAUUUUAAUUUGAAAGCUAAAUUUUAAAAUUUAUAAUACGAUGUUUGUUUUAUAUUUAAUGUGAAAUCAUAUUGAACUUUUUUACCCUUGGAAUAUGCAUUUGAAUAACUCAAAAUCUAUUUAUCAAAAUUACUGAACCUUGUGUAUAAGACAUAAUUAUUGAAAUUUUAAUGAAUAGUUUUUUUAAUUAUUUAAGUGUACCAAUAUUUGUACAAACAAUAAUAGUCUUUAAUAAUUUGGUUUCAAAUCAAAUAGUUAUCAUUGUUUAAAUAGAAAUAUAAUAUACUUCAAAUCAUAAAAUAUAAUGUAUAACUUAAUAUCAUUAGUGCACGAAAUUCAAUUACUCAAAAACUACUUGUUUGAAAUUUUAUCGAAGUACAUCAAUAUUUUAAAACGAAUCAUCUGCAGUUUAGUAAUUAUUUAUAGAAAAAAUUAUCAAAAUAAAAAAAAAAAAACAAAAGAAAAAAAAUACUAUAAUAAUAGGUAAUUAAUAAUAAUCAUCUCUUUUUAUUAAUUUAAAGUAAAACAAUGGAGUUUCCAUUUGAAAAAUAAAUUUGUAUUGCAACUAGAGGACAUAUCCUAAAAUAGUGUUUUCCAAGUUUUUUGUAAUGGUGAUACACUGAUACAAAAAUGUACUGCUUUUUAGUUUACACAACCCCACCUCCACCUACACUAAAAACAAAACCGAUUUUAUUACAUAGUAUACAAUCACAUUUUUUUCAGUUAGACUCCACAUUAUUAUUAUACAUAGAGGUAUCAAAUAAAACAUAACUUAAGUAUUUAUCAAUUUAGGACUAAAAUUAUUUUCUUAUAUUAAUUAUUUAUGGAUCAAAAAUUUAUUACGACUUAGAAAAAAAAAAUUGCUAAAGUUUGGGAAACACUGUCCUAAAUGGUACAUAAAAUAUAUAAAUUAGUAAAUAAAAGGAGACUGAACGAAUAUACGUUUGACGAAUCAUCCUGUAUACAUUUAAUUGUUAGCGAUAUUUUUUUAUAAUCUAUAAAUAUCUAUCUAUAUUGUUUUUAACCACUCGACAAAAAUGUUUUUGCAAACAAUAAAAAUAAUAAUUGAUAAGGUUCUGUAUAAAUUUCACGAUGUGUUUUCAAAGGCGUCGAUCGAUAUAAUAUGUGUAUUGAUAAAAUUUAAUUGUCGUCCGCGGGUUACGACGAGACUGUGUUGAAUUUCGCUGUUUUUCCGCUUACGACAUAAUUAUAUAACUUUAAUAACUACAAAAUAUGAUAUUCUAAUAUUUUUGUUUAACCGUUAUCGUUAUUAUACAUUUGACUAUUUGAUCACGCGAUAUCAAGCGUGUGGCCAACUCGAUUGUUUUUCUCUUUAUCGAAUAGAAUUUGCGAUUUGUACUGAUUAUGAUAUAAUAAUAUUGUUAUUAUUGUAAAUGUAUUUUAUGCAGGUUAUACAUUAUUAGAUUAUUAUGUAGAAUAAUUAAUCGUAUUAUAUAAUUGUAUGUUCAUAAGUUAUGUAAAAAAAAAAAAAAAUUAUGAUUUUUUUUCUUUUCUGUCUGGCAUCAUUAUUAUUAGAUAGUGAUUUUACUGACUAAACUUGGAGUGUUUAAUUUGUUUCGAAAAACGAACUGAAAAUUGUAAAUAUUUGAACUAAACCAAAUGCGUAUGAAUAAUAGUUUGAUUCGCAUUAAUAGUUUAGUUUAAUUAUUAUAUUAAAAUAUUUAUGAUUUAUUUUGUUAACCCAAUAUCAAACUGGACGUAAUAAAAUGUACGUAGUUAAAUUAAACAAUAUUUUUAAUUUAAAAAUUUGAAUAACUACGCAGGUAUGAAUAAAACGCCGAAAGUCCGCGGUUUGGGUUCGGUCACAUCACUAAUGAUUAGACUAUUAUUGUGUUCAGCAGAUAAUCAUCUUAUAUAGUACCCUAUAUAUAUUAUAGUAUAAAUUUUAAAAUAGUUUAUUAUUUAGAUUUAAUUGAUAAUAUUGUGAUUUCAUAAUAUACGAUAUAUUAUCAAAAAUAUAGAAACUGUACAUGAUAAA